AAAUAAAUCAGAAUAAGGUGAUUCAGGAAGUAGAAUUUGUAAAGUCACUGGGCUUACCUGUAGUUUCCAAUCAAGCACACACCCAGGAGAGGAAAGGAAGUUGAAUGAGAGAAGGGCAAUGAAAACAUGGACAGAGAUAAGCUAGGCAAAGAUGAUGCUCCAGCUGCCAAGAACCAACGCAGCACCGAGUCAAAUGGUCGCGCUAACCAAAAUACUUCUGGCACGAGAAAUCACAGCAAUUCAAAUGGGGCAAACACUGUAUCUGCAAUGAUAGCUAACAGCUCGUCACAAGCCAAUCUGAAUGCAUGUGCUAAUCCAAUCACAGGAGAACGAGAAUGUGAAAAUGACAGAGCUGAGUCAAGUUUAUCGUUGGCUUCUAUAAAUUUAAGCGAUUAUUCAGGGUCUAGUAGCUCAUUAUCAUCUCAGAUUAUCCCAGUGAGUAGUGCCCCAUCUGCAUCACCUAGUCUUGCUAAUCAAGCCAACGCUCCAUACAACUGGCAGGCAUCUAAAACAGCUGUGAAGGAGAGACUUGCGUACUUGAUAAACACUGAAAUUAUGAGUGAUAUACAGUUUCGUGUUGGAAAACCACCUAAUGACCAACUCAUACCAGCUCACAAAUUUGUACUUUCGGUUGGUUCGGCAGUUUUUGAUGCUCAGUUUAAUGGACCUAUGGCAACAAAGGAUGGUAUAGUCGAGAUACCAGAUGUAGAGCCAGCUGCUUUUCUUGCUCUUCUCAAAUUUCUCUACGCGGAUGAGGUCAAUAUCGGACCAGAAACCGUGAUGACUACACUCUACACAGCUAAGAAAUAUGCUGUACCAGCUCUCGAAAAGGCAUGUGUGGAUUUUUUAAAGCGAAAUCUGAGCAGUGACAAUGCUUUCAUGCUUCUUACACAGGCAAGACUGUUUGAUGAACCUCAGUUAGCUGCCCUUUGUUUAGAGACAAUUGAUAAGAGCACGUCUGAGGCGCUCAAUGCAGAGGGCUUUACAGACAUUGACCAUGAUACUCUUUGUGUGGUAUUAGAGAGAGAUACUCUAGGUAUCAGAGAAAGUAAAUUAUGCACCGCAGUCUUUCGAUGGUCAGAAGCUGAAUGUAAACGAAGAACUAUUCAGCCGACACCAGAAAACCAGCGUCAAACUUUAGGAAGAGCACUGCGUCUUAUUCGGUUCCCACUGAUGAGUAUUGAGGAGUUUGCAAUGGGCCCGGCUCAGAGUGGGAUAUUAGAUGACAGGGAAGUAGUUCAGCUCUUCCUAUACUUCACUGUGAAUCCAAAGCCAUCUAUAAACUUUCAGGAUGUCCCUCGUUGUUGUUUGACUGGAAAGGAGCAGGUUGUGUCUCGAUUUUGUCAGAUAGAAAGUCGUUGGGGUUACAGUGGAACCAGUGAUCGGAUCAGGUUUAUGGUGAACCGUAGGAUAUUUGUGGUGGGCUUUGGUUUAUACGGCAGUAUACACGGACCUACAGAAUACCAAGUUAAUAUACAGAUAUUGCAGUCGGACAAUGGGAAGGUGAUAGGGGUGAAUGAUACAAGCUUUCAGUGUGAUGGGUCAAACUCCACAUUUCGUGUAAUGUUCAAGGAACCUGUAGAGAUAUUGCCCAAUGUUAGCUACACAGCAUGCUCCACGCUCAAGGGACCUGAUUCAUACUACGGAUCUAAGGGGCUACGGAAGGUUACACACGAGUCAGUUUCGGGUGGAAAGGUCACCUUUCAAUUCCAUUACGCUGCAGGAAACAACAACGGGACCUCAGUGGAAGAUGGACAAGUGCCAGAGAUAAUAUUUUAUACAUAAAUCCUAGGCUUACUCCAUGGAUUUUGAAAAAUGUUUUGCUGUUACAACAGGAAAAAUUGUUGUUUAGCCUAACAGUUUGUGGGCAUUGAAUGAAAUAUGGCUUUAACUCCAUUUAACUGACACUUUCAUAAAAGUAUUAGAAUAUAACGGGAAGUUGCUAUACUUAAAAAAGGAAUUCUUUCUAUGUUAUAUAAUCGUAACUUAAUGCACUGGAAGUUUCAUUCUUCUGUAUGAAAGUAAUGCUAUUGAUUUAAGACUUAGUCCAAGGUCAAUAUUGUAAAAUCAUUGUUAUUCUUUAACAGGGAAAUAAUUUUUGUGUAUUUCAUUAUUGUGUCAGCCCUCAAAAUUAAAUUCCAACUCCCAAUUAAUUUUAAUUUCAAAAAUCGAAAUGUAAAGUCAUAUCCGCACGAAAUAGCCAUUUUAGCCAAAAUAAAAUGAUUGCAGGGUAUGACAUUCAGAUAGGUAAAAAGACCUGCUUAUUGACUGACACGUAAGUCUAUAAAUGUAUAAUAUUUACCCUGAAUAUAAUAGCCAUUCUCAUGCAGCGAAAAUUAAAGUUGGGCAUUAAAUCUCAAUUUUUCAAAUCAUUAUUGCUUUUUCGGACUAAGGCAUGCAUUCGCUCUGGACCAAACAAAAGGACAAGUUCUGGCUGGGUAUGUUUGUAAGAUUUAUGAAUCUCACCCUUAUAAAUGCAGUAUGAUGUUGAUCCACUAGUUUAUAUGCAUGUUCAUGCUGCCAACAUUUACAUGUUUUGUAGUGAAAUUAUAUUUUUGAACACUGCCCGGUAACUAUAACAUGACACUAUCAACACAGCUAAAACUGUUUAUAAACUGGUUACUGAGUAUUUAUUGAAAAAGUAUUCAAUAGACUGGUUAUAUGUAAUUUAUUAUAAUAGACCGGUUAUACCGGUAAUUAAUUGGGACCCUCCCGCUUAGCUCAGCAGGAAGAGCGGUCGUCUACAUAUUGCGGGGUCGCGAGUUCGAUCCCCGGGCGGGGCGUAUGUUCUCCGUGACGAUUUAAUAAAAGACAUUGUGUCUGAAAUCAUUCGUCCUCCACCUCUGAUAAUUCAUGUGGGGAAGUUGGCAGUUACUUGCGGAGAACAGGUUGUACUGGUAUAGAAUCCAGGAACACUGGUUAGGUUAACUGCCCGCCGUUACAUGACUGAAAUACUGUUGAAAAACGGCGUUAAACCCAAAACAAACAUAAUUAAUUGGGUGUAAGUUUUAUAGCAGUAAGUCACUCUGCUUAGAUAUUUCUUGCCAAUUUUGUAUAUGUAAACUUUUAACCUUGUGUAAGUUUUCAUGUAAGUCAAUGUUAGAUCUGAGUUAAUGUAUGUAUCUCCGUCAUUUCUAUACUAUUACAUUGCAAAGUUGAAAAAGCAGUGUACAGAUGGCUAUACCUAUUUACUGAGCUUGACCAAAAACAAUGAAUAGGUUUAGAACUGUUUGUAGACACUACAAAAAAGAAUGUCAUGUAAUGCCAUAUAUUAAGGUAAUUAGCUAAAGCACAAUUUGAGGGAUGAAUGCGAAAGAAGUCUAAGUGUGUCUUUAUUACAUGCAUUUAGAUUUCUUUCCCGUUCACCCCUCAAAUUAUAAAUUUUAAUUUACUGUCGUGUUGUGUUUAUUUAUCUUACACUUGUCUGUAGUUGUAAACCAGUUUCAUAUUGUAUAGUUGUAGCAUUUAUCCUGUCACUUGCAGUAUUUUUGACCCGAUAUUAGGGUGCCGUAUAUCUUUCUUGAUAUACCGUCAGUUGACACGUGACCAGUGAUAUACGGUCAGUUGAUCAUGUGACCUUAUGAUUGAUAUUGUUGUCAUAAGAAAUUUUGCAUUGAAACCAUUACCAUUGUGUUGGAAAUGUCCAUACUAAGAAAAUGAGUGGUCAACUAAUGAGCUUUUAUUCAAAAAUGAAGAAGUUAUUACGAUUUUGUCGGUGAUUACGUCAUUAUUAUUAUAUAAGUGACGUCAUUACGAAUAUGACAUCAUUAAAGCGGUUGUCGCACACUUAUUUUUGUAAAAUAAAUUGCCAAAUAUUGGAAAAUGAAGUAAUGACAAGAUAAAUAGAAUAAUAGGUUAGUGUCUAAGAUGGAGAAAGUUUAUCUGGCUCGGCUCCGGAUGUUAUAAGGUUCGCCUUCGGCUCACCCGAUAACCUCCACCUCGCCAGAUAAACUUUCUCCUCUACGGCACUAACCUAUUAUUCUCUGUGAGUAUACAUUUCUCUGGAAGCCUUCAUAUGAACCAUUAUAUCUAGUUUUCAUUUCAGUUCUCAUGUACUGAAUAAAUGGUAUUGUAACAUUUUGUCUCUUUUACCUGACAAUCACACCACAGGAAGGUGAUCUGUGAUAAACAUUAUGUUAGCUGUGCAAGAUGGUUAUGUUAGCUGUAUAUGGACAUUAUGUUAGCUGUGAGAGGACAUUAUGAUGUAUGUUUAAGACAUUAUGUCAUUUGUGUUUGGACAUUAUGUUAGCUUUGUGUGUACAUUAUGUUAAGUGUGUAUUAUCAUUCUUGGUGAAUUAAGUGUGUAUAAUCAUUAUGUUUGGUGAGUUAAGUGUAUUGUCAUUAUGCAGGGUGAGUUAAGUGUGUAUAAUCAUUUAUGAGUUAAGUGUGUAUAAUCAUUAUGUUUAGAGAGUUGAGUUUAAUCAUUAUGUCGGGUGAGUUGAGUGUGUAUUAAUAUUAUGUUAGAUGUGAUAGAUUUGUAUAAUCAUUAUCCACCCACUUAGCUCAGUAGGGGGAGCUCAGAUCUACGGAUUGUGGGGUCGUGAGUUUGAUCCCCGGGCGAGGCGUAUAUUCUCCAUGAUGAUUUGAUAGAAGUCAUUGUGUCUGAAAUCAUUCGUCCUCCACCUCUGAUUUAUGUGGGGAAGUUGGCAGUUACUUCUGGAGAACAUGUUUAUACUUGUACAGAAUCCAGGAACACUGGUUAGGUUAACUACCCGCCGUAACAUAACUGAAAUGCUGUUGAAAAACGGCAUUAAACCCAAAACAAACAAACAAAUUGUAUAAUUAUUAUGUUGGGUGAGUUGAGUGUAUUAGGAUGUGAUAGUUGUGUGUAAUCCUAACAUUGGAAUAAUUUUAUAUGUGAAAUUUUUGAAAAAGUAAUAUAAAUUUUGAGAAAGUGUUCAUGAAUUUUCAAGUAAUAGAGCUUUUGUUUUCACCCUUUUUUAUCUGCAUCCGAAUAACUAAAAUUUUGCAUGUAAGCAGAUUUCUCUAAAACUACCUGGCCAAAUGCAUUCAAAUUUCACACAUAUAUUUGGCAUCAUGAGAUAACCUAACAACAAGUAACAGUUUUGACAGACUUAUGUCCCAUUUUUAACUUAUAUAAAUUUCGGUUAAAUUUUGCAUGUAAGCAGGUUUCUCAAAAAAACUGUUUUGCCAAAUGCUUUCAGACUUCACACAUUUAUUUAGCAUUGUAAGAUAACCUCACAGAGCAAGUUACAUAACUCUAGCUUUUAAUUCUCAGAAUUACGCCCCUUUUCAGCUUCGAAGUUUCCUGAAAGUUUUGCAUGUACAAACUGCAUAUUUCUGAAGAAUUACUUACAUAUGUUUUCAGAUCCUACACACAAAUCAUAGGAUGAUGUCAUAGGAUCAAGUGUGCUGUCACUAGAUGACUUUAAUAUAAAUUCCAAGAUGCUGUCCAAAAAGUAUGUUGAAAAAGUAGCACCUUGGGUUAUAACAGUUUUGUCAAUUUUUAAAACGUUGGAAGUAAAUUAUGUGUCUUGGGAUGCAGUCCUGAAUAUGCAUAGAUCGAUUUAGUUUUCUGAUACCUAUAUUUCCUAAACACUUGUAAACAACAGGCUUUUUCUGCAGAAUUACCAAACUUACAUAAACUUAAUUCUAUAUCAGGAUGAUGCAACAGAGGUGAAAUAAUUUCGCUGACAUUUCAGUUGGAAAUUUCUGGCUAGAAACCCGAGAGAUCAUAACUUUAUAGUAAUGUUGUUCAGCACGUAUGGUUAUGCACCUGGGGUUUUAUAUUUUUAUUUUGGAUACACACUCCACCUUCUUUACUUCCCUAUCCAGACCACCCCCUCCCACCACCCCACCACUAAUGACUCACUUUAUUUCCCUAUCCUGACCACCACCUCCCACCACCCACCACUAAUGACUCACUUUAUUUCCCUAUCCUGACCACCACCUCCCACCACCCACCACUGAUGACUCACUUUACUUCCCUAUCCUGACCACCACCACCCACCACUGAUGACUCACUUUACUUCCCUAUCCUGACCACCACCUCCCACCACCCACCACUGAUGACACUUUACUUCCCUAUCUUGCCCACCACCACCCACCACUGAUGACUCACUUUAUUUCCCUAUCCUGACCACCACCUCCCACCACUGAUGACUCACUUUACUUCCCUAUCCUGACCACCACCACCCACCACUGAUGACUCACUUUACUUCCCUAUCCUGACCACUACCACCCACCGCUGAUGACUCACUUUACUUCCCUAUCCUGACCACCACCUCCCACCACCCACCACUGAUGACACUUUACUUCCCUAUCUUGCCCACCACCACCCACCACUGAUGACUCACUUUAUUUCCCUAUCCUGACCACCACCUCCCACCACCCACCACUGAUGACUCACUUUACUUCCCUAUCCUGACCACCGCCACCCACCACUGAUGACUCACUUUACUUCCCUAUCCUGACCACCACCUCCCACCACCCACCACUGAUGACUCACUUUACUUCCCUAUCUUGCCCACCACCUCCCACCACUCACAGCCCCAAACCAAGGUAAUAUGGAAGUUUUCUUUGUCUUGCAUUGUAAACAAGAAGCAUAUGACAGUAAGUAGGAGCACCAGUUCCCAAUGGACACACAUCUAGGUACUUAGCGUGUUAUAGUUUGGUCUUUGAUUACCAUGCACACAUGAAGGCAAAAAACAAGUUGCUGAAGAGAAAACUGAACUCUUUACAUAUUCAGCACAGGAUGCAUCUAGUUUUUAUCUCAAAAAUCUGUUUCCUGUAUGUCAAUCUAUUUCAGUGUACAAAAAAUAUAUUGAAAUCUGAUUUUUAGAGAUAUUUGUGGAAAAAUAUGCCUGAAUAAUUUAUGACUGGUUAAAAAAAGGUUUUACUGUUAUGUACUACAUAAAUUAUUCAAUAGAAUUAAUUUCUAUACUUCCUGUGAAUAUUUUUAAUUGAUAAAAAGAAACCUUUCAUAUAUUAAUAUUUAGUCUAAUAUAUUAUUAAUGGUUUCAGUAAUGGGUUUUUGUAACAAGUUAUGUUCAGCUAAACUGUUUCCACCAUUACUGGUAAAAUAAAGUGAAAUGAAGUGAUAUAUAUUAAAAAUGCUGAUUUUACAUGUAUUAUUUAAUUGUGUAUUAGUUGUUUUGUGUUUGAAAAUAUAUAAAUAGUCAUGUAGGACAAAUUUCAAAUACCGGUAAUUGAUAAUAAUAAUGAAAAUAAAUGAACAUGUAGUUUUUAGUGCUUUGGAAAAGUCUAUGCCUAACUAUAUACAAGCCUAACUGUAGUUAAUUGCCUAACUGUGCAUUAUUCUCAUGUCUUGUAAUGUUUGUACAUGUCAUUUGUUUUGACUGUAACGUUAGUACAAGACCAGUGCAAGUUUUGCAUGGAAAACUGUUAGAUUGAAGUACAGUCGAACUUUGUUCGCUCGAACUUGGAUAAUUGGACGACUGAACUUACUGUCAGGGCUUAGCAAAAUCCCUGUAUAAUGCAUAUUGUUCAAUGGUAUGAAGUGCCGAUAACUCGAACAAAUCUUUCUGGUCUCGUAAAAUUAGAGCAAACAAAGUUCGACUGUACCAAAGAAACAGCGAGAGCUGGUGUCUAAAAUAAAUAGAUGGAUGGAAGUAUGGUGUUUCUGUUGUAGGUGACUGUUGCUUAACCCUUACCCUGCUAAAUUUCUAUAAUGAACUUGUCCAUCUUUCAAUUUGGACAGUACCAUUAACUGUUAAAAGGUGUUCUCAUCAAAAAGAUACAGAUUGAAUGGCAAAGAGAACAGAUAUUUUACAUCCUCAGUUUAUUGUGUUCUUUCAUAAUUUCUUUGUAUUCAAGGAUAGACCUGUACAUGAUAUUUGAUUUUUAGGUUUCCACAGCCAGUCCGUGUGUAUAAAGAUAUUUAUAGAUCUGUUAUCCUAGUGGCUGACUUGCAUAAUACCAGUAAUCUAAGUCAGUAUGUUCCACCAUUGAUAAAUGAUUAUUUAAAUACUUAAGGUAUUGUUUUGUUUUAGCUGCUGGAAGGAAACUUUUGUUACCCACUAUAUACCAUAAUUUUGUUGAGUUUAAAUAGUUUUUGUUUAAUUUUUCUCUUUGAUAUUUAAAAUUAAAUGUUCAUUUGUACAUGUAUGCUAUAAUACCUGUUUGAAUGGUGUAGCUUUGACCAUACAAUAAAAUUGUAUAUCACAGAUAGA